GGUACCGGCAGUCCAGGAAGCCGAGCCAUUUUCCCAAUCCUGGAACGACUAUCUCCUUCAGGGACCCAUUGCUACCAAUCAGCAAGACUUGCCCUCGUUGCUAGGGAUAGACGGCGUGGGCAAUAGCGGCGGCGGUGGUGGAGAGCCACAUGGCACCGCGCCAAUGACGUCUGGACCCUCUUCGUCUUCUCUGGCCUCAUAUGCCUCCUCCUCCAACCCCGGGAUCGAGCUGGGCUGGGUGCAGCAGCAGCAGCAGCAGCAGCAGCAACAGCAAGGUUUAUUCGAGGCGUUGGCGGCAGCGGGAGGGGCUGGCGCUCCUUUCUUUGCUUUGCCUCCUGCGGCCACGGCACCCCACGACGCCCCUUUAGCUGCUGCGGCGGCCGCACAGGGGAAUGUGCUGCAGCAGGGGGGUGUAGCCGCUGACGGUGGCGUAUCCGCCGCCAGGAACUUCUUGUUGCAGCAGCAGCAACAGCAGCAGCUCCUACAGACGCAGCUGUUGCAGAAGCAGUUCCUGCAGAAGCAGCAGGAGCAGCAGUUCCUGCAGCUCCGGUCCCAGCAGCAGCAGCAGCAGCAGCAGCAACACGUGGCGGCGUGGGAAGACCGCGAAUCUGCCGGCGAGGACGGGACGUCAUCGUGGAACAGCGGCAACAGCAUCGAUGACCCCCCAGAGGUGGACAACAAACUCCUCACCCCGGAAGAAAGACUAGAGCGCAACAGGAUCAGGAACAGGGACCACUCCCGCAGGUCUCGCCAGCGCAAGAAAGCCUUGGUGGAAGGCAUGAAGAACCAGGUGACGGAGCUGGGAGCGUACCGCAUGCUCGUGGAGCAAGCGCACGACCUCAUCUCGGCUCACACGACGGACGACCGCACGGUGUUCCUGUACGCUUCGAACGCCUUCCAGCGGGCCCUGGGAAUCAGAACCGAGGACCUCCUUGGUGUUCAGCUCAUCCACCUCGUACACCCCGAUGACGCUGGGAGGGUAACCGAGGCGCUUCGUCGCGCCCUGCUGUGCAACCAGGUUACCCAGGUUGUGGUUUACCGCUUGAGGCACCAGCAGCAAGAGUUCACGGUGGAGAGUUCUUUUCGAGUAGUUCCGACGAAGCUCGUGGCGAUCACGAGGGUCGGCGGGCCCGGCGUGGCNGGGGGGGGGGGGGGAUAGAGAAACAUGGGGGGUACGCAAACGGAGGGAGGAGGGGAGGUAGGUGCAACAGGUGGGUGCUUGGGCGAGAAGAAGUGCAGGCACCAAGGAGGUCAGGUCGUGCCGACAAAAACGGCUGUCUCAUCGCCGGCAGAGAGAGUAAGGGGCCGCGUUGCCAGAACGGGAGAAAGAAGCGCAGGUAGAAAGCCGCCCCCUUUGCAGAGAGAGGGUUUGACGGUGUUCCUGGCGUCGGCUAUGCUGCAAUUGCCUCUACGACUGCGCAUGCCCACCCUCUCUUACGUUCCGGUCGUUGUGCACACCGAUGGUGUUACCUUCCCGUGCGUCAACUCUUCGACUUAUCACGGGGGAGUUCGUGUGUACCCCCGUCGUUUGCAGAGCGGCAAUCCUCGAACGCCGGGGAUAGCUAGCUCACGGUCCAAUUUCCGGUCGCGAAGGGCAUUUUGUUUUCAUGGCCGGGGGCAAGAGGUCUGAGAAGUUUUUGUUUUUUGGCGUGUCUUGGCGUCACGGCCGACUUUUCAGUGCUACUGCGGGCGAGUGCGUUUGUACAAAAAUGGUGUCAAAGACACCGUGUUACGUGUGGCGGCCGUACCUUACGCCUCCUGGUUUAUGGUUUUCCUUCAUACGUCCAACACGAUAGAGACAAAGGAUAUGGCACGGUUCCUUGUCCGGUGAUUCAUGGGUUGAGGUCAUCGGUCGAACACCGAUAUCAUUAUACUCGGAGUACUGACUUACAACCUUUUUUUUGUUCUGUUAUGGUAUUUAAUAUGUUAUGGGUGAGUUGGGUGGGGUUUUCUUCGUCGCGGAAAAAAAAAAAAAAACACGAAUGUAUUAUACAAACGUGUGGUGCGUGGUACCUUGGCCGUAAUUUACUUCUUGAUGACUUGAACAUACUAUAGAAGAGGUAUUGUGGCUGUUUCAUUUUCUUCACCGUGCUCUAGCGCCGAAAGUCUGUAGACUAGAGGUACGUGUCGCUCUUUUUGCUCUAACUUGUUUCUCGACAAGACAUUUAAUACGGUUGUGUGUGUGUGGUGCAAUGGGUAUGGUUUUUUACCAUCACGCGGGAGGGUUCUCCAGCUGUGUGGAAAGAAUGGUGUGUGAAGGUGCUCCUUUACUUCUUCUUUCGUGAACUUGAGUGGUUGCUGCAUUAGGACGAGAACAGGGAGUCGACUUGGGUAGUGUCAAGCUUCUGUCGUGCUUGACGUUGUUCCUCGUCUUCUGCGAGAACCGCAUGGAUGACUUUGUUGGAGGUCGUUGCUGCCUGUUUUCGUUUUUUCAGAGGGUCUCAUAUCGCCUGCCAUACGUCCGGCGUCGACCAUGGACUCCAGAAGCUUUGCAGUUCAAUAGGCCAAUAGUGACGCAAAUAUGUCGUUCAAAAUUUAAAGAGAAGGGAUUUCGCCUAUUAGGGAAACAAAACUUACUAUCAAUAUUAUUUGGAUACCAAUUUUUGAAGUACAAAUACUAGAACUAUUUGACCGAUAUUAUUAAGCAGACCAAUCAAUACUGGGUAGUUCUGUUUUAGCUCGGGGGUGAUCAUCGAUCGAACACACACGUGUUUCACACGGCGGGUCCGAGAAGUCGUUAGGUGCACUAGCUUUUUACGGCGAGGCGGGGUGGUGGGUGAUUCGCCUUGCUUGGCAACAAAUCGGAGAGUAGUGCGCGUACGGUGCGCUGCAUCCUUCACGCGGGGGUGUACGCGCGAGCGACAACCGCGUGGGCUCCCCCUUUUUUUUUUUUUAGUUCCAUGACGUUCUGUUGCUGCGUGUUCUUGUACCCGGAGUAAUACCGACUUGUUGUACUAGUGUAUGACGUGCGUAUUUUGUAGACUCCAAAAAGAGUUUUGACCAAUCAGCGAACUGCGUUCCACAAAUGUUGGGAGGCGUGGUGAUGGAACGAGGCGGGGAGGAAUUAUUGUGCUAGCGGGCGAUUUGAUGAAUGUAGUAUCGAUGUUUGUCCCCGCCGCCAUACAUAUGCUCGCAGGGUGGGGAAAGGGGAUCGAUUGUUUCUGUUUCGGUCGUGGGGGUGUCUGUUGGUUGGACGGAUAAAGAACGGGGCUUGCAAACUCCUUCGAUUCCCCGUGUUCCGAGCAGCAACGACUCUGCCCAGAGGAGUAACUUGAAGAAUGCUUGUUCUCGUUGUAGCAGCUUGCCGUUCGACUCAAUCAAGUGCGCGCAUUUAUUUUCGUCCGGGAGUGGAUGCAGGUUUUUGCGUCAUCUGAGCAGGCGGCGGGGGGUGGCUCUUACCCUACGUUACAAAGCAAGCGCGCGUUUUUUGCGUGUUGCCUCGUCUCGUCUCGUCUCGUCUCGUCUCGUCUUGUUGUUGUUAUUGCUUGUUGGAUUUUCUUGCCUGGUGUCUCAUUGUACUGUAUUUAUUGUCAUUGUUAUUGUCGUUGUCGUCCCUGUGACGUGUCAGUCCUUACCGUGCUAUCCGUCCAGCAUGCAUGCUUGUUUUUUCAAGCAGGGGCGGAACAUUUCAUGAUUUAUUUGUUCGUUUGCACGAAGUCUUCGAUUUUUUUGUUCGGUGUGGGUGGGAUGGAAAGGGAGGGUUUGAGAGGAAGCGGUCAUCAUCAAACAAAACCAACACACGCAGAUGUUCUUGCAUAAUAAUUCGACGUACUCUAUGAUAACGCACCACAUAAUUUUGGUAGUUCAACUCCCGGCGUUUGGAGACAUGACUGACUGGGGAACGAAGUAUGUAGUUGCACCAUUGUGAGGCAAUUUCUCGUAGCCAGUCCUGGUCUGCCUAUUGUUUUCCGUGUCUUUUCGAGUGUCAUGGGGAAUUGCUUGCAUGCAGCGCCUUUUCUGUACUGCAAAUGUUCGCUUUCGUUUGUUUGUGACAACGAUGAAGAAAUUCAAAUAGCGUGCAUACAUGGAUAGUAGGUGUUUUUUCAUUUGAUUAAAUUAGGUUUUGGGUUUGGUUUAUAAAUUAAUAUUUGUUUUUGGGGUUUGUAAAGGUGAUGCG